AUGCCUGACAAAGACAUCAAACUUGAAGACACGAAAAAGCAGAAAGGACGUCUACCAUUAUCAGACACCAAUCCAAUCAACAAGCCAGAGUCUGCCAACGAAGUCAAACACGAACCAACAUCAGAUGGCACAGACGAGGACGAUUGGGAGGAUAUGAGUGACGAGGGCUAUUAUUGA